AUGUCUGCGGACACGAGACGAAAUGCAACUCGGGGACCGCUUGCGUGCAUAGAAACGAACCUAACCGGCCAACAUCUUGAUAUCUUUGUGCAAGCCAGCCUGAAUAUUUUAGACACUUCGAUAGCCAGAGAAACUUAUUCGCAAAUAAUCGACGGCUUGCCCUUGGCGAGUGUCGCCGGGGAUUCGGCUAGUAGCCGCCUCCCCAAUGACCACCCGCUGUACGAAGAACACGUCCAACUCUGCCCUGGAGUAAAAGAGAACGUGCAGGAGAUGAGUUGUAAUUUCUAUCCAUUAAUCAGCGAGUACCGUGCAGCUUCUCCCGGAUCAAGGGCUUUCAAGACACGCCUCAUAGAGAUGGCUGCAGAAGCAAUCCAUGAGCUUGCAGUGCUACUAUUCAACGCUGGGACAAGCCUUCACGCUGACGGCAGGAUAGCAUCAUGGGUACCACCUAAAGACCAUGUCUUCUGGGAGAUAAACCCUGAAGGUGCCUGGCCCACGGUAUUCUACCACCACUGGUAUGCCAACCACGAGGAAUACCCAAAUGGUGUUGCCGACAUGGUAGGUUACUGGGCAGAAGCCCGCAUAUUUGGAGGCGUUGUUCUUUUUGACCGCCGAAACCCAGACGAGGACCUGGCAGCAGACCCAAAUGCCAUUUGGUUUCACUCCGAUAGAGCAGAAGUGACCUACAGAAUAUACCAGCUUCUCGAAGAGCAAAAGGGAAAGCUUUUGGAAUUUCUAACAUCUGACACACCUGAUCUGACAAUACUGCCUAUUCUCGGUAAUGAGCAUAAUCUUAAUCGGGAAGAUCCCGAAGAACCGGUUGGACGGACAGGAAUCUAUCGCCACCUCACGGACCGCAAACCGCUUGACAGAGAUGAGUUUGAUGGUAGAUUACGAGAUGUUUGGACGAGGUUCGAGUAUCCUACCCAGGCUGAUUUCAUGCGUGCUCAGGAAAGAGCGUAUGAUAGACAGGAGCAGAUAUAUAAAAAUUACGGGGCAGAAAACACCUAG